CGGAGCCGCCCCGGCCGGGGAGCGCGGGGCCGGCGGGCCGGGAGGAGGAAGGAGAGGAGGAGGAGGAGGAUGGGGCUGGAGCUGUACCUGGACCUGCUCUCGCAGCCCUGCCGGGCGCUCUACAUCUUCGCCCGGAGCAACAACAUCCCCUUCGAGUUCAAGCACGUGGAGCUGAUGAAGGGGCAGCACAGGACUGAAGAGUUCCGGAAGGUGAACGUCCUGAUGAAGGUGCCUGCGCUAAGGGACGGUUCUUUCACCUUAGCAGAGAGCAUUGCAAUCCUCCUGUACCUGGCCCGGAAAUUCAAGACUCCUGAUCACUGGUACCCAUCUGACCUGCAGAAGAGGGCUCGGGUUGAUGAGUACCUGUCCUGGCAGCACGUCAACAUUCGUGGGAAGGGGAGCAAGUUGUUCUUAACUAAGGUGAUGCUGCCUGUCCUCACAGGCCAGCCACUUCCUCCAGAGAAACUGAGAAGUGUUACUGAAGAGCUGAACAUCGUCCUGAAGCAGUUUGAGGAGAAGUUCUUGCAGGACAAGCCCUUUAUCGCAGGCAGUGAGAUCUCCCUGGCAGACCUUGUAGCACUGGUGGAGCUCAUGCAGCCUGUAGGCGCUGGCUAUGACCUGUUUGAGGAGAGGCCGAAGUUGGCCGAGUGGCGCAGGCACGUGGAAGAGGCGGUGGGGAAGCAGCUCUUCCAGGAAGCCCACGAAGGGAUCUUGAACGCCAAGAACUUGACCGCUGAUAAGAUUGCACCCGAACUGCUGGAGCAUUUCAAGCACCAGCUCCUAAAGCAGGCCAGCCAGAAUUAAGGGGUUAUAGUAUAAGUAAAAAAGAUUAAUUUGGGCAGGCUUUGUGUAAUAUUUCAGCAUUUCUUCUAAAAAUCAUACAGAAACACCAUUCCACAAAAUGCACCUCGAUCUCAGCCUUUCUGCAACUUAGAAGGGAAGAAAACUACAUCUUAGGCUGCAGUGAGCUGCUUUCCCCUUGUCCACUACAGGUAUGUGAGCAGUAGCCCUAUAGGCUUUUCUUUCUUGCUUCAACAUCACUGGAUCUGCUUGAGGACAGAGGCAGUUUGGUCCGUGUGGGAACUGGGGCCACUCAAGAACUGCCAUUUUCAUCCCUGUUUUGAGUUUUCCAGGGCACAGCACUAUAAAAGGGGCAAAGGUUUCCUGAGGGUGUGGCAGAGCAGAUCUGUCUAAAACAAGGAAAAAUCAUUGAAAAUGGCUUUCACCUGGCAACAUGCUCAGCUGGAAGAUUUUUGUUCUUUAGUAAAGGCAGGUGGGGUCCCAGCUUAGAGCACCUGGCCACUAGAAGCUGCUGUGUCACCUGUGGGAGCAAAGGGACACAGCACCUAGGAGCAGGGGGACUGUGCAGGUACCUGAGUGAGGCCCCCGCCUUCUGGGAAGGAACAGGAUUAGUCCUGUGAAUAAAGAUCCUCAACCAUAGACUCGUGCCAUACUCUGCACAGAACAGCCCGCACAGCUGAGAAAAGCUGCUUUUCUAGGUGAAGCUGCUGCCAAGCCCACUGGCUCCCUCUGCAAACCGUAUUGGUGCGCUCGUCCUUUCCCCGGAGCGGCUUUGUCAGCUCGAUGGAAGCCAUUCAAGCUUGGCUCUCCCCACUGACAAGUGCUGCCGAGGCUGGGCCAGCACUGGUGGCUGAGGGAGCUGUGCUGGCCAGCCCCGGGUGAGCAGAGCGCACGGUAUGUAAGCUGGGUAAUGCCUCAAAUACAGUUAAUGUUCUGCUACUCUUCUGUCACGUCAGAUUCUCCAGUAAAGUUAAUGGUUCCAUGUGC